AUGCAAUUUGAGGGUUCAAUGUAUUCUGGGCGGGGAAAAGACUCGCUUUCGAGUAGAAGAGACAAACAAGAAUACGAUGCAAUGAGUUCAGAACAGGAACAAAGAGAUGAUUAUCCGUAUGUGAGUGACACGUAUAAUGAGAAGCAAAGUGAACGUGAUUGGGACAGGAGAAUGAGUAGGGAAAGAGAUAAGUCUCGAACGUGGGAUUAUCCACAGGAAGACGAGGAUGAUAGGGAUCGGUUUGGUAAAAAUCCUAAAUCUGAAUACAGUAAGAGGUAUAGUGAUGUUGACAGAAGAUCAAGUAGAGAAGAGUCUGACCGAAGGCCAUAUUACGAUAGUAGUCCUCGCUCUAGGGAAAGAGAUCGUGAUAGAGACAUAAGUUCAUCGAGAGAUGGACCCAGAGAUAGGGACAGUUAUGAAUCUAGUUCACGUGACUCUUCUCGAAGAAGAGAUUAUCGUGAUUCUAGAAGUAGUCGAGAUCAGUUUGAUUCCAGGGACAUGAAGGAUGGUAGAACAAGAAGCUCCUCGAGAGAUGCUCGCUCUGGCAGGGAUAGGGAUCGGCGGGAGUCCAGGAACUACGACAAAGACUGGGACAGCCACGACCGAGACAGGCGGUUGAAAGAUAAUGGAAGUCCAGAAAGCCUCGAUAGUUAUGAUCGUGGGAGUGAUUACCACGGAACAAGAAGUUCAGGUGAUUCAAGAUACAGAGAUGGAGACGGGUACAAAAAUCAAGCUCCAAACAGCACUAUAAUGAUCAGGGGUCUGGCUCAGCACAUUACAGAGAGUGACAUUCAGCAGGACAUUUUAUGCUGUGAUCUAAUGCCCAGAGACAUUCGCCUCAUUCGCAAGAAAGACACAGGAGCUUCACGGGGAUUUGCGUUUGUGGAGUUCAAUACGGUUCAAGAAGCAUCACGGUGGAUGGAAAUGAAACAAGGUGUAUUGAUGCUUCAAGACCGUUACCGGGCUGAAAUGCAUUUUAGCAUUCCAAAAGAUCCAUCGUUUGACAGAUCAAUGUUAAAGAGUGGAAUUCAAGACUGGCAUUGUGUGAUAUGCGGGGCUCAUAAUUUCAAAAGAAGAGAUACGUGCUUCAAGUGCCAUGCAUCACGUCAGGUAUCAGAUGAAGGAGGUGAAGGUAGUGAUGAAGUGAGUCCACAUCCUACAAACACUGUUCUUUUGAGAAACCUUGAUGUUUUGUCUACUGAAGAUUCUGUAUUGCAAGCUUUAAAAAACCAGCAAUUCUCCAAUCUCCCUAUUCGCAGUAUCCGUAUUGGCCAGGAUGCCUUGACAAACACGUCAAGAGGUAUAUGCUAUAUAGAGUUAAAUAACGUUUUGGAUUCCGUGUAUCUUCAUGAUGCGUUAGUGUCCGACCCCUUGGUAGUUGAUGGAAGAAAAGCAUUAGUGUCAUACUGUAAAGUACCUCAAAGAACAUCAGGAACAACCAGUAAUGUGGCAUCUGACAGAGAUAGUCAGUGGGCUGCUCAUGCAGAUGCAAAUCAUCAGUACAGAGCGGAAGAUAUUCCACGUUUAGCAGAAUAUUGUGCUUCUCUCUAUGCCACAUCACCCCAAGAACGUGCAGCUUACAUUCAAUAUUAUACUCAAUAUUACAAAAAUCAACUAGCCCAAGGUGGCACUAUUACUCUUCCAUCUCAGACACAGACAGAUUCAGUCAAUGCUGCUGCAGCUGUUGCUCAGUCAGCUAUUCAACAGUUGCAGGCUGCCAAGGAAAUAAAGAAGACCGCAGAUGACCCCCGUCAGGGAAAAGGCGAUGAAAACGGAUCCUACGAUGUGUAUAAAAUGGCUCAAUUGAAAGGUCAUGCCACACAGGCUGCUGCAGCUGGAACCUACCAGAAUGCACCAGGUGGUGUGACAGCUGCAGCUACGUCUGUUCCUUAUAUAUCAGUACCUCCACAGGGGCCAUCAGGGCUUCAGAAGUAUCCUGUUCCUGAUGUAAGCACUUACCAAUAUGAUGGGACUUCAGGGUAUUAUUAUGACUCACAAACUGGUCUUUACUAUGAUGCCAAUUCACAAUAUUAUUACAAUGCCCAAACACAACAAUUUUUGUAUUGGGAAGCCGAAAAACAGACCUACUUGCCUGCACCUGCUGCAAAUACAACAGCUGGUGAUGAUGCAAAUGCACAGAAAGAUGAUGGAAAGAAGGGCAAGGGUAAGGAAAAACAGGAUAAAGUUAAAGUUGCUAAGAAAAUAGCAAAAGAUAUGGAAAGGUGGGCAAAGACUUUAAACCAGAAAAAAGACAAUGCUCUUCAAAAUGUUACUUUAGCCUCUGCUUCAGCUCCGUUAAGCAAAUCUGUUGGUGCCGCUGAUGCUGGUUAUGCUAUCCUAGAAAGAAAGGAACGACAGUCACAAGAUACAGUGUUGGCUACUCUAAGAGAAGCUGAAGAGAAGCAGGCUGCUGCAACAGAGGCUGCUAAUGCAAGUGCUACCAGCCUUGUGGCAGCUUACGGUGGCGGCAGUGAGAGUGAUGAAGAAAUUGAAGAUGUUCUGCAAGAAGAGAAACAGCACACCAAUUGGGCAAAACUUGCUUGUUUGUUGUGCAAACGUCAAUUUCCUAGUAAAGAAUCUCUCAUUCGCCAUCAGCAGUUGUCAGAUCUACACAAGCAGAAUUUGGAAAAUUGGUAUAAGGUUCGAGGUCUGGACCCACAUGAUCCUCAACAGAGAAACAACAAAUAUCGUGAUCGAGCUAAAGAACGUAGACUUAAAUUUGGUGAACCUGACCCUCCUCAUCCAAACAGAUUGAAGGAAAAGUAUUUGAAAGUGAAAGAGGAGGCUGUGUCUGCUUCAUACGAAGAACCCACUAAAACAGGUAUCGGGUCUGAAAAUGUAGGGAACAAGUUGCUUCAAAAAAUGGGUUGGCAGGAAGGCCAGGGGUUGGGGAAGGCAAACCAGGGUCGUACUUCCAUUAUUCAAACAGAGCAGCGUAACUCAACAGCAGGUCUCGGAUCUAAGGAUAGCACUUACGGUGCUUUGCCGGGUGAAACAUACAAAGACUGUGUUAAGAAAAUGAUGUUCGCCCGAUAUCAGGAACUCACAGAGCAAGAACAAAGUAUGGAGAGCUGA